CAAGACUAGAACUGGUUCACAUGGCAUUCUUGGACGCUGUCAAAGAAGUUUAAUCCAGAGGUCAGGUUGGCUUACGUGGCACCGAUCGCAACUUCUGGCACACGACUGGGCGCUUCGAUCGUGCUUAGGCGCGUCUACAAGUAUGGUCACCGACCUCCAGGCCGAACUUGGUCGUAACACCACUAUGGACCUCCGCCAGUAUGCAAAAACAGUCCAAUUAAUGACAUGCGCUCAACAUGCAACAGCAGAGACUAAGUAUCAUGCCGUAGUUACUAUGUGCUUCGACUACUUCGCCAUUGUCAUCGGCUACGCUUUGCAUCCUGCAGCAAUAAAGAUUCCACUCGGUGGCCAAUUCAACGUGGCUCCCUACAUCCCCAUCAUCGGGCAAGAGGGCCAGAAGCGCUUCAAGUACUUCCUGAAAGAUGGUAGGUACAAGCUAUCGAUGGACAACAAGAACGCCACUUAUAAGCCUCUUCACUUCUCAGAAAUGAAUAUCAAUAAGGCAACUGACCAGAUAGCCAUCCCAGCUGCGCUCGAGGAGCAACCAGUCAAGGGCCAAGAGCAUGUCUCCAUGCCUCCGCGAAAGUACUUCUCUGGUCGCUCGCUGCUCGAUCGAGAGCCGCAGCUCAUCGCAGCGGAGCCCGUCGAUGGUAAGUGGCUUGCAACCACCGUACGCGUACAAGUCAACUUCGCAUAUCCGAUGAUAACCAUGCAGAUCCCCAUGACCGACUGGCUCUUGAAGCCUCAAUCCAAGGAUUGGCACUCGAAGCUCGCGUACGCUCCGGAUUGUUUACGGGUCACCAAUACAGAUGCUACUGUCUUGCUGCAGCUUGAGCUUGAUGCACAGAAGCAGGAGCACCCAUACCACGAGCUGCCUGGGCUUGUGUAUAUGCAGGCGCUUGGUGAGAGUUUGGAUUGGAUUACGCGGUGUUGAACAACAUGAUGUACUCGGUCUAUCGAGUGCGGGCGCCAUAUUGCUCGAAGCGUGCCGAUUCCAUCAUCGACGGCGAGACGUCCGGGGGUGACACGUCUGAAGGUGAGGCUUAAGUCGAUGUUUGUGUUUUGUAACCAUGCUGGCCCAUGGUAUGAAGUACGAAGGAGGGAAUUCAAGUUUCUACAAUACAAUUCAGUAGUAUCUUUCAACAUUUUCCCAUGUGUGAUACAUUCUAUUGUUUCUUGUUAUUCAUUUUCGC